CGACUGGCGCAGUCUUCACUCACGCGCUGCACUCCGACGCUGCUUCCCUCACGCGCACCGCGUCGUCGGCGCCACCGCGUGGCUGCCCUUCUACCGCUCCCCUGUCCCUCCCUCCCACCAUCUUGUGACUCUCUAUUCCCCCCUCCCUCUCCUACCCCCAAACAUCCUCGCGAGCACCCAGUCCACGCCCACACGUCGCUCCUCCACCAGCAUCGCACGCCCGCAGUUCGCUACACCGCCGUCUCGUCGCCUACACCCCCCACCAACACCCCCCGCAUUCGUCCUUCCCCCCUCUUGCUCUCUCAACGAUGA